AUGUCCACUAAACUUGUUAAGUGGAAUCAUAGUGCUGAUUGUUGCUCUUGGGAAGGCGUAACCUGCAACGAGGGCCGAGUUAUUGGUCUCGACCUGACAAACGAAUUCAUCUCAGGUGGACUCGACAAUUCAAGCAGCCUUUUUAGUCUUCAGCAUCUUGAGAGCCUAAGUUUGGCUUAUAAUGACUUAAACUAUUCUCCUGAGAUUCCAUCAGAGUUUGACAAGCUUGCGAAUUUGAGUUAUUUGAAUCUAUCAAAUGUUGGCUUUGCAGGGCAGAUUCCUAUUGCGAUUUCGCGCCUGACAAGGUUGGUUACUCUUGAUUUAUCUACCGAUUAUUACAUCUUUCAACUGAAACUUGAGAAUCCAAAUUUAAGAGUGUUGAUUCAAAACCUUUCAGAGCUUAUUGAACUUAAUCUUGAUGGUGUACUUAUAUCAGCUCCAGGUAAUGAGUGGUGUCGGGCCUUAUCAUCUUCACUCCCAAAUUUGAGAGCGUUGAGCUUGUCAAUGUGCAAUCUUUCAGGCCCUAUUGAUUCCUCCUUACAGAAUCUUCAGUUCCUCUCAAUUAUUGAUUUGUCUCGUAACAAUUUCUCUGCUCUAGUUCCAGAAUUUUUUGCAGAUUUCAAAAACUUGACAUCUUUGGAAGUCUCUUAUUCUGGGUUGAGUGGAAAAUUUCCAAACAAGAUCUUCCAAGUUCCAACACUGCAAACUCUUGACUUGUCAUAUAAUGAUGACUUGCAGGGUUCUUUGCCAGAAUUUCCUCCAAAUGGAUCUCUUCAAACCAUGGUUCUUUGCGAAACAAGUUUUUCUGGGACAUUACCAUCUUCUGUCGGUAACCUUACAAUGUUGUCAACAAUAGAUCUUUGGAGAUGCAAUUUCGUUGGAUCAAUUCCAAGCACAAUGGCGAGCCUCACACAAUUGAAGUAUUUCGAUAUCUCAAACAACAAAUUUCGUGGACCAAUUUCAAACUCAAUGGCGAGCCUCACACAAUUGAAGUAUUUGGAUUUCUCACACAACAAAUUCAGUGGAUCAAUUCCAAAUUUCAACAUGUGCAAGAAUCUGACAACUGUAAGGCUUUCUGAUAAUUAUCUGUCAAGUGAGAUUAUUUCAAUUCAGUGGGAAAAACUUUUGAAUCUUGAGAUUUUGGAAAUGAGUAGCAAUUUACUGAAUGGGAGUAUUCCAGAUUCUCUAUUUUCACAUCCAUCAUUGCAAGAGUUAGAUCUUUCCUAUAAUCAAUUUUCUGGCCAACUCAAAGAAUUUUCCAAUGCUUCUUCCUUCUUGGAAAGCCUUUAUUUGGAUAACAACCACUUGGAAGGGCCAAUACCCUUGUCUAUCUCUGAACUCCAUGGUCUUGAAGCACUCUUUCUUGGUUCAAACAAAUUUAAUAACUCUCUGAACAUUAGUGUGAUUCAGCAGUUAAAAAAUCUUUUAUACCUUGAUCUUUCUCACACCAGCUUGUUAUCUGAAUAUAAUGAUUUUAACCUCUCGUUAUCCUCCUUUCCACGAAUUAUCGAGUUAAAAUUGGCUUCUUGCAUGUUGAAAAAUGUUCCUAACUUCUUGAGAAAUCUAUCCAGUUUAUCAUUUAUAGACCUUUCAAACAAUCAGAUUCAUGGAGAGAUAUCAACAAGCAUCGGUCAGUCAUUUGCCUCUAGUAGUUUUUUGUUUCUUUCAAGUAAUAAAUUCUAUGGGAGCAUCCCCAUAUCAAUUUGCAAUGCUACAAAUCUUCAACUUCUAGAUCUAUCUAAUAAUUCCUUCAGCGGCACAAUUCCCCAAUGCUUGUUUGAGAUGACUGGUACACUUAUGGUUCUGGAUUUAAGGAGAAACAAGCUCAAUGCCACAAUUCCUAAUGCAUUUCCAGAUAAUUGUGGUUUACAAACUUUAGCUCUCAAUCAAAACCAACUACAAGGAAGGUUACCAAAAUCUUUGGCCAAUUGCAUUGGAUUGGAGGUCUUGGACAUUGGGAACAACCACAUUGAGGAUAUGUUUCCAAUUUACUUGAAGAAAACAUCCAUGUUGAGUGUUCUUGUUUUGCGAUCUAACAAAUUUUACGGAUCCAUUACUCAUCCAGAACUUAAUGUCACCUGGCCACGGCUUCAAAUUGUAGACAUAGCUUCAAAUAAUUUUACUGGUAACCUUCCAAUAAUACUUCCUUUGUCUUGGACGUCAAUGAUGGAUCAUGGACAUGAGGUGGACGUGGAGCUUAAUUACCUUGAAUUUAAUGGUAAUUUUUCUUAUAAAGAUACGAUAACAAUUACUAGCAAGGGUUGUAAGGUGGAGCUUGUGAAGAUUCCAACUAUCGUCACCGACCUUGACUUCUCUUGCAACAACUUUGACGGUCAUAUACCAAGACAAAUUGGAGAACUCACAUUGUUAUAUACUCUCAACCUGUCGCAUAAUGCUUUCACGGGCGAAAUUCCAGCAGCUUUGGGAAAAUUGAGUCAUCUGGAGUCACUAGACCUAUCAAGCAACGAGCUUUCUGGUGAGAUUCCCGUGCAACUCGCCAAUGGUCUGAUUUUUCUGUCGGUCCUUAACCUUUCGUUCAACCAAUUGGUGGGACAGAUUCCAUUGAUCAAGCAAUUUAAUACAUUUUCGGAAACUUCUUUUGGAGGAAACGAAAGAUUAUGUGGUUUGCCUUUGAAAUCAAAAUGCACAUAUGAGGAUCCACGAUUGCCACCUCCAACAUAUGAAGAAAGUCAUAGGAGUAUGAUUGAGUGGAAUUACAUAAGUGCUGAACUGGGAUUUGUUUUUGGCUUUGGAAUUGUAAUUGCCCCCCUUAUGUUUUGGAGGAGGUGGAGGAUAUGGUACUAUAAACAUGUUGAUGACAUUAUGUUUAGGAUAUUCCCUCAACUGUCUUAG